CAAAUGAUUUGCUCGUAUUGCGCGCCGCUGUAGGUUCUUCUUCAGCAUGUCGGACGGAGCGUCGUCCGCCGGUGAUUUUCCGCCAAGUGAUCUGCUCACAUUGGACAUGUUCACUAUAGAAAAGAAAAUAGGAAAAGGAAUGUUUAGCGAGGUAUUCCGUGCAAGAUGUAGUUGGAACGGUCAAAUGGUAGCACUAAAAAAGAUACAGGUUUUCGAAAUGGUAGAUCAAAAAGCUCGACAAGAUUGCUUGAAGGAGAUAGAUCUCCUUAAGCAAUUGAACCAUGUAAAUGUCAUCAGAUAUUACGCGAGUUUUAUCGAUAAUAAUCAGCUUAACAUUGUUUUGGAACUUGCGGAAGCUGGGGACAUGAGCCGGAUGAUUAAGCACUUCAAAAAGCACGGUCGCUUGAUACCAGAACGGACCAUAUGGAAAUAUUUCGUUCAGUUAGCUAGGGCCAUUGCUCACAUGCAUUCCAAAAGAAUUAUGCAUAGAGAUAUCAAACCAGCAAACGUCUUCAUCACUUCCGAAGGCGUUGUGAAGCUAGGAGAUUUAGGUCUAGGUCGCUUCUUCAGUUCCAAGACCACUGCUGCUCACUCACUGGUCGGCACUCCUUACUACAUGUCUCCUGAACGGAUUCAAGAAUCCGGCUACAACUUCAAAUCAGACCUUUGGUCAACGGGUUGUUUACUGUACGAAAUGGCUGCAUUGCAGUCUCCUUUUUAUGGUGACAAAAUGAACUUAUACUCGCUAUGCAAGAAAAUAGAAAAUUGUGAAUAUCCACCUCUUCCUGCGGAUAUUUACUCUAUACAGCUUCGCGAUCUCGUGUCUCAUUGCAUCUCUUCCGACCCAUCGCAACGUCCCGAAACGUCCGAGGUGCUCGAAAUCGCGGAGAAGAUGAACUGCUACUUUCAGCAAUUACCCGCACAAACAGCUACGGCCAAAUAAACUGCAAAACAGGUCUUAGAGAAGAGUUCUAUGUGUUGCUAUUUUAUCUCUAUGCAGUAUUUACUUGUAACUUGUAUCUAUAUUCGCCAAAGCAGAGCAGUUUCAAUUAUUCUUGUGAAAUCUGCAUAGUCUAGAAUUACAGGUUGGUGUACGAUUCUUUGGUUAGCUAGGUUCUUAUGAUUGUGAUCGCAUUUGCGAAUAUUCAGAGAUCUUUAAUAUAUGGCUAUCAAGCUAUUUUGAAAAGUACAAGUUAUGUUGUAUGAAAC